AUGAUAGGAAAGGUAGCUUUGAUUACAGGUUCCUCUUCUGGUAUCGGUGCCGCUAUAGCCUUAAAGUUGUGGUCUUUGGGUGCAAAUGUAGUCAUCACUGGAAGGAAUGAGAAACGAAUCCAAGAAGUGGUCAACAAAUGCCAGAAUCGGGACAAUCAGAGAGCGCUUGGAAUGAGGGCUGACUUAUUGGUGGACAAAGAUAUCGAACAAUUAGUGGCGAAGACUAUCAAAGAGUUCGGCAAAAUUGAUAUUCUAGUCAAUAACGCCGGUAUCGGAACUACUGUUCAAUUAAAUGAUCAAAAAUACAUCGAAACCUUUGACGAGAUUUUUAAGACUAAUGUUAGAUGUAUUCAAGUGUUGACAAAACUAGUGGUCCCUUAUCUGGAGAUAACUAAAGGCAAUAUCAUUAACGUCUCGAGUUUUGAAGGACUCAGACCUAAUCCGGUGACAAUGGUUUAUUGUAUGGCGAAAAGUGCCCUGGACAUGUUCACUAAAUGCCUGGCACUAUCAUUAGGUCCAAAAGGCAUUCGCGUGAAUAGUGUUAACCCGGCCGCCAUUCGGACGCCAAUAUUCUUUACGGUUACCGAAAACGACAAAAUGCUUGAUUGUGUGGAGAAGUAUUGCAAAACCGCUUAUCCCUUAAGACGUAUCGGAGAACCGGAAGAAGUGGCAGAAUUGGUCGCAUUCCUGGCCUCAGACACCACCGCGUCGUUCAUUACCGGAGCACUCAUUCCGAUCGACGGCGGGAGUCUUCGCGCAGAUCUCUCGGCCAUUGACUAUAUAAACCUUUAAUACAUUUCUGUUUGUUUUAACUAUACUUGAAU